GCCGCUCCCCCACCACCCCUCCCUCUCGCCCGAGACCCCCGAAACGUAACCGGCCUCUUCUGCCCCUGGCCGGGCCCCGCCGGCUGCUGCUUUUUUCUUUCCUUUUUUUAAAAAAUUUUAUCAGUCAGUUCUCCUUGCCCCAACCUCCGCUUCCACCUCCCCCGCUCCCCCUUCUUGGCCCCCAACAUGACGAGAGAGUGGGAUUUAGCCGGCCGGGGGCGACCACUUUGUGCGUCCCGGGGAGCGGGACCCGCCCAAGGCGCGCCCAGCGGGGGACGCGGUGACCGAGGGGCCGGGAGCGCCAGGCAGGGAGGAGAACUGCCAGGCUGGGCUCUCCACUGCUUUUCUAAAAAUCUUGGAAACUUUGUCCUUCAUUGAAUUACGACACUGUCCACCUUUAAUUUUCUCGAAAACGCCUGUAACUCAGCUGAAGCCAUGCCUUGUGUUCAGGCGCAGUAUGGGUCCUCGCCUCAAGGAGCCAGCCCCGCUUCUCAGAGCUACAGUUACCACUCUUCGGGAGAAUACAGCUCCGAUUUCUUAACUCCAGAGUUUGUCAAGUUUAGCAUGGACCUCACCAACACUGAAAUCACUGCCACCACUUCUCUCCCCAGCUUCAGUACCUUUAUGGACAACUACAGCACAGGCUACGACGUCAAGCCACCUUGCUUGUACCAAAUGCCCCUGUCCGGACAGCAGUCCUCCAUUAAGGUAGAAGACAUUCAGAUGCACAACUACCAGCAACACAGCCACCUGCCCCCCCAGUCCGAGGAGAUGAUGCCGCACUCCGGGUCGGUUUACUACAAGCCCUCCUCUCCCCCGACGCCCACCACCCCGGGCUUCCAGGUGCAGCACAGCCCCAUGUGGGACGACCCAGGCUCCCUCCACAACUUCCACCAGAACUACGUGGCCACCACGCACAUGAUUGAGCAGAGGAAAACGCCGGUCUCCCGCCUCUCCCUCUUCUCCUUUAAGCAGUCGCCCCCCGGCACCCCCGUGUCUAGCUGCCAGAUGCGCUUCGACGGGCCCCUGCACGUCCCCAUGAACCCGGAGCCGGCGAGCAGCCACCACGUGGUGGACGGGCAGACCUUCGCUGUGCCCAACCCCAUCCGAAAGCCCGCGUCCAUGGGCUUCCCCGGCCUGCAGAUCGGUCACGCGUCGCAGCUGCUCGACACGCAGGUGCCCUCGCCGCCGUCGCGGGGCUCCCCUUCCAACGAGGGGCUGUGCGCCGUGUGCGGCGACAACGCGGCCUGCCAGCACUACGGCGUGCGCACCUGUGAGGGCUGCAAAGGGUUCUUUAAGCGCACGGUGCAAAAAAACGCGAAAUACGUGUGUUUAGCAAAUAAAAACUGCCCAGUGGACAAGCGGCGCCGGAAUCGCUGUCAGUACUGCAGAUUUCAGAAGUGCCUGGCUGUUGGGAUGGUGAAAGAAGUGGUUCGCACAGACAGUUUAAAAGGCCGGAGAGGUCGUUUACCUUCGAAACCGAAGAGCCCACAGGAGCCCUCUCCCCCCUCGCCCCCGGUGAGUCUGAUCAGUGCCCUCGUCAGGGCCCAUGUCGACUCCAACCCGGCUAUGACCAGCCUGGACUAUUCCAGGUUCCAGGCGAACCCUGACUAUCAGAUGAGUGGAGAUGACACCCAGCAUAUCCAGCAAUUCUAUGAUCUCCUGACUGGCUCCAUGGAGAUCAUCAGGGGCUGGGCGGAGAAGAUCCCCGGCUUCGCUGACCUGCCCAAAGCCGACCAGGACCUGCUUUUCGAGUCGGCUUUCCUAGAACUAUUUGUGCUGAGAUUAGCAUACAGGUCCAACCCAGUGGAGGGUAAACUCAUCUUUUGCAAUGGGGUGGUCUUGCACAGGUUGCAAUGCGUUCGUGGCUUUGGGGAAUGGAUUGAUUCCAUUGUUGAAUUCUCCUCCAACUUGCAGAAUAUGAACAUCGACAUUUCUGCCUUCUCCUGCAUUGCUGCCCUGGCUAUGGUCACAGAGAGACACGGUCUCAAGGAACCCAAGAGAGUGGAGGAGCUGCAAAACAAGAUUGUAAAUUGUCUCAAAGACCAUGUGACUUUCAAUAAUGGGGGCUUGAACCGCCCCAACUAUUUGUCCAAACUGUUGGGGAAGCUUCCAGAACUCCGUACGCUUUGCACGCAGGGGCUACAGCGCAUUUUCUACCUGAAACUGGAAGAUUUGGUACCACCACCAGCAAUAAUUGACAAACUUUUCCUGGACACUUUACCUUUCUAAGACCUCCUUCCAUGCACUUCAAAGAAACUGGAAAGAAACCUAAAACUGUCCAGAGGGGGCAAGUCACAAGGGCACAGAGAUACCCCUGAGCUGCCUCAGCUCUAGCCGGCCCCCACCCCUUCCAUACACCUUGGCCCUUGAUCUCUAAAGAAAACAAACAAACAAACAACAACAAAAGCAAAAACUGUUACUAUUUCCUAACCUGCAGGCAGAACCUGAAAGGGCAUUUUGGCUCCGGGGCAUCCUGGAUUUAGAACACGGACUACACACAAUACAGUGGUAUAAACUUUUUAUUAUCAGUUUAAAAAUCAUUUUAUUGUUCAGAAGGAAGCUUCUUAAUGUAUGACGGAAAACAUUUGGCCAUGUUUGGUUGUUGCAGUUAAGACAAAUGUAAUACACAUAGACACAUACACACACACCCACAUUGUAAGGGGACCCACAAGUAUUGCCCUUUAAAAGACUUCAAAGUUUUCUGCUGUAAAGAAAGCUGUAAUAUAUAGUAAAACUAAAUGUUGCGUGGGUGGCAUGAGUUGAAGAAGGCAAAGGCUUGUAAAUUUACCCAAUGCAGUUUGGCUUUUUAAAUUAUUUUGUGCCUAUUUAUGAAUAAAUAUUACAAAUUCUAAAAGAUAAGUGUGUUUGCAAAAAAAAAAAAGAAAAAAGAAAUAACCACAAAAAAGGGACAAGCAUGUUGAUUCUAGGUUGAAAAUGUUAUAGGCACUUGCUACUUCAGUAAUGUCUAUAUUAUAUAAAUAGUAUUUCAGACACUAUGUAGUCUGUUAGAUUUUAUAAAGAUUGGUAGUUACCUGAGCUUAAACAUUUUCUCAAUUGUAAAAUAGGUGGGCACAAGUAUUACACAUCAGAAAAUCCUGACAAAAGGGACACAUAGUGUUUGUAACACCGUCCAACAUUCCUUGUUUGUAAGUGUUGUAUGUACCGUUGAUGUUGAUAAAAGAAAGUUUAUAUCUUGAUUAUUUUGUUGUCUAAAGCUAAACAGAACUUGCAUGCAGCAGCUUUUGACCGUUUCCAGAGUGCUUAUAAUAUACAUAACUCCCUGGAAAUUACUGAGCACUUUGAAUUUUUUUGUUUUUUGUUUUAAUGUCUAAGAUUGUCAGUUAAUAUAUUAUUUUAUGUUUGAGUAAGAAUUUUAAUAUUGCCAUAUUCUGUAGUAUUUUUCUUUGUAUAUUUCCAGUAUGGCACACGAUAUGAGUCACUGCCUUUUUUUCUAUGGUGUAUGACAGUUAGAGACGCUGAUUUUUUUUUCCUGAUAAAUUCUUUCUUUGAGAAAGACAAUUUUAAUGUUUACAACAAUAAACUAUGUAAAUGAACA